AUGGAUAGUGAAAUUACAAACCUAGAAGAAAUAUUACCUUCCUCGCAUACAAGAAAUGUGGAACUUGUUCCCAUGUUUUAUUUUGAAGUACAAAAAGAAGUUGCUAAAGACGCUUUAUUUAUUAUGAAGGAUUAUAUUAAUAAAGAAUUAUAUGAUAAAUAUAAUCAUUUGAAGAGAUGUAGGAAAUGUUCAGAUUGUGUUCAAAUUUUAAUAGGUACAUGUAAUCAUAUACCAUUUGAAUUAUCAAAGAAAUUAAUAGAAAAAAUAAAACAAGAAAAUAAGAAUUAUCAAUCUAAUGAUUUAAUAAUAUCGAAAAUUAUGGUUUCUAAAUAUGCACCUAUUACUAGGAAACAAUAUGUUGAAUGGUCUAUCCAUUGGCCUUUAUAUUAUAGAAAACCUGAUAAAGAUAUUCUAAUUUUAAAAAAGGAAGAAAUUAAUAAAUAUAUUAAAUUUUUAAAUAUUUCUAUAAAUAUAGGAAAACAAUUUGGUACAUGUAAUAAUGGUUGUGUCAUAACAUAUAAUGAUCAAAUUGUUGCAUCCUCAGGUGAUAAUAUAAAAAAUCAUCCACUUCAACAUGCAUCUAUGCUAGCUAUAGAACAAGUGUCAUAUAAACUAAGACAUAUAUGGUUAAACAAACAAAAAGAAAAAACAAAUUUACAAAAAAAAAUUAAAAUAAUUCAAAAAGAAACAAAUAAAUGUGAUAGUCUAAAAAAUGAACAGAAGAAUGAAAAUAAUAAGGAUCAUACACUUUUACCAAAUUUUCAAAAUGAUAAUAAUCAAAAUAAUCAUAAUAUUCUAUUAGAUAAUAUAUCUAAUGAUCAAUAUCUUUGUACUAAUUUUUAUGCAUUCCUAAGUCAUGAACCCUGUUAUAUGUGUGCUAUGGCUUUAUUACAUUCAAGAAUUAAAUGUGUUAUCUUUGACAAACAGAAUAUAAAUAACGGAGCUCUCAUGAGUCAAGAAAAAUUACAUUGUAUUAAAAGUUUAAAUCAUCAUUUUAAAGUCUUCAAAACGAUUAGAGGAUAA